AUGGAUAAAGCACGUUUAAGACAAAAUAUACUAAAUGGUGAACAAGAUAUUGAUGCUUUAAGUGAUGGGUUACAUAGUCAAAUGAUAUCACAACCAUUACAACAGCAAAAUAAACAAAAAUUUCAACCGGCUUAUUUGCAACAACAACAACAAUUUUAUAAUAAUCAACAGCCCCACGCUCAGGCUCAAGCUCAACUGCAUACAUUUUCAUUAAAUUCAGCCUCAACUAUGGGAAAUGGAAAUGGAAAUGGAAAUUAUAAUUAUGAAUUUUCAAAUGGUGGGACUCCAUAUACUUCAAAUGCAUCAAUCUCACCUCCGCAAUUUCAACAGCAAGUACCUAUGCAAGCUGCAUCAUCUAGAAAAUCAAGUUUAACAUCACAAUCUCAAUCAAAUAUUAAUAAAUUUUUCAGAAGAACCAAAAAUCAACCACUUUUUGAUGAUGAAACAGGUGCUGAUAUUCAAGAUUUAACUAGUGGUAAUGUUUCAUUUGAUGAUAUAACUCAUAUUAGAAAUCGAGGUCCUUAUGGGAUUAGUAAAUCUUUAGAUACAACUCCAAUUAUCCCUACUUUAAGUUCAAAUAAUCCAAAUCCAGCAAAAGCAAGUAAUAAUAUACAAUAUAGAAAACAAAUGAAUCAACAAAAGAAAAUGGCAAUGUUAAAUGGUGCAAGAGCAAAUAGUUUCGCAAAUGGUAUAAAUCCAAUGAAUCAAGGACAACCACAAGCACAAAAUCCACAAACUCCACAAGAUCCAAGGUUUUUAACUAUGAAUUAUCCAAGAACAAUGUCAUUACAAUCAAAUGGUGGAUCUGCACGAAAUAUGUCAAUGCAAAAUAGGCAAAAUCCAAUGUAUAUAAAUCAUCAACAACAAAUGGGAAAUAAUCCAAGAGCAAUGUCGCUAAGAACUGGUGGUCCAAUUCCAAUGCAAAAUUAUCCGCAACAACAAUAUCAUCCACAACAAAUGAAUGGUGGUCCAAGAUCGAUGUCAUUGAUGAAUAAUAAUAAUGGGUAUCUACCUCAACAACAACAACAAUUUCAAAAUUAUCCAAAUCAGUAUCAACAACAACCAUAUAAUCCAAAUGAACAAUAUCCAAGAACAAAAUCAUUAGGUGGUUAUAAUACUUUUAAUCAACAACAACAACAACAACAACAACCAUUGAGAAGUCAAAAUAUCAUAAGAGGGGAUCCACAAGUAUACAUUCAACAACUUUCACAACAACAAAAUCAAGCUUUACAACCUCAGGUACCUCAUCCGGUAUAUGAUCAAAGUUUUAAUUCUUCAGAUUCUUUAAAAGAUGUACCUGAAGAAAAAGAAGAUGAAAUAAGUAAUAAAAGAGAUAAUGAAGAUGAUGAAAAUGAUGUUAUAUAUAAAUUUGAUAAUGAAGAUGCUGCCACAGCUUCAAAUUUAUCUAGAAAAUCAACAAUAAAGAAGAACAAUUCAAUGAAAGUUAGAAAAUUGAACCUAUUUAGUAAUAAUAAUGCAAGUAAUGAUUCAAAUAAUACAAGUACUUCAUCAACAUCAGCAAGAAGAAAGCCACCACCAAUUUCACCAAUUGAACAAACUCAUAAAGAAAAAGAAAUGCCUGAGCAAGAACCUGAUUUAAAUGAAGUGGAAUCAAAUUCAACCUCAUCUUCACAAUCAUUCAAUACUGUAGAUUCAUCACGAAGAAUAACUACUUCAAAUAGAACUCUUGAUUCUGAUUUCCCUUUUCCAACAGCUGACAUAAAGGCAGUUAAUGAAAAUGAUAAUUAUGAAAAACCUACAAUUCAACAACAAAGACAAGUUUCAACAUCUCCAUCAUUAGCUGAAUCUCAAUCAUCAUAUAAAUUAAGAGAAAAUACAGCAUUUAAUAAUUUUAAAUCAAAUUAUCAAGAAAUGACACCAUCAGUUAAUGAAUCAUCAAGUUCAUCAAAUUAUGACACUUCAACAAUUGCAUCAAAACAACAACAACAACCACAACAACAACAGCCAAUCACAAAACGUUCAACAUCAAUUUCAUCACAAUUGAGUUCAAAAUUAUCGAGGAAAUCAUCUGAUAAACCAUCAUUUUUCAAAAGAUUAUCAUUCUCAUCUAAAAAGAAAGAGGAACAACAACAACUUCAAGAGGAUCAAUCAUCAUAUGUCUCUUCAUCAUCUAAUGAAGAUGUUAAAUCUUUACAAGCUGAAUUAUCACUCAUAUCGAAAGAAUUCGCAAGUUCAAUUAGGAGAGAAAUAUCAUUAGAACAAAUGUUGAAGAAUAAAAGCAUACAAAAAUUACAUUUAGACGAAUUAGUUAAAAUUACGAAUCAAUCACAAAUUAUAAGUGAUCUUGAAAAUAAAUUAACUCAUCAAAGGACAAUAAAUAUGAACAGAGAUGCUUCAAAAACACAAAUUUAUGAAGAAUUAUUAGAAAAGAAUGAUAGACUUACUGAAAUGCAAGAAAGAGUAAAUGAAUUGACAAUUGAAAAACAAAAGAAUGUUGAUCUCUUAAAUAAAUUUGAGAGUUUGGAAUUAGGUAAAGAAAAUAAUGAUGUUGAAAUAUAUGUUAAUGAGAUCAAAUAUCUCAAGAAUCAAAAGAAUGAAUUAAUUGAAACUGUUAAUAAAUUAAAAAUGGAAUUGGAUGUAUCUAAUAAAAAGAAUGAGAAAUUAAUGGAGAAGAAACUCGGUGGUAAUGGUAAUAAUAAUAAUAAAGUUAGUGGGUUUACUAUCGUAAGUCCAAAUCGUAAAAGCUUUUUAGUUAAUGAAUAG